GAUGAUUAUCCGAUCAAAUUGCUCCUCGACUUGGAGAUCGUCGCAUUGACGUUCGAAGACUCAAAGUAUUGCAGUACAUCGGGGCUCACGGCCUGGUCGGAGUGGAAUUUGCUUGGUCAUUUUCCAGAAGGCCGUGGAUUCGUGCGUCUGGGACCAAAUGGUAAGCAAUCAUUCACCCCAUUUUUAUUAAUACAUGAGUCAGACGCUUGCCGUUCCCAUUGCCUUAACUUCUUGCGACAGGCAAUUUUUUGCAAUUCUGAUACUACCUUUGAUCCAGUCUACAUCAAUAGAUCGAUGGCAAGCUCAAACGGCUUGGGUGUGAUGCAUAUAUACCGAGAUUGGUCGCAGGUUUAUGCAUACAUUGAGGAGAACCAGAGGGGCCCUGUGUGGGCAGAGCACAAGACAGAGAUGUAA